AUGCGGUCAGCGGAGGUGCGCAAGUUAUGUUUAUUUCUGACACGCACUAUCGAAAUGGGUAUUCAGCGUGGAUCAUCAGGUCAGCCAGCGACCUCUUCACAUGCUGCUGAUCCCUUGACAGAAAAGUUUGGCCAGCUUCAUGUGUUGGAUGACUUGGUCCGUCUUCGUGCUGCGGAUAGUAUGCAAUGCCCAAUCCUCGCAUACCCAAGCUCGGACACCGAGGCCGCAUUGUACAAUUAUUAUACCGGCGAACAGCUGGAUGAGAUGAUAGACCAAGCUGUCUCAACACUGAUGGAAGAAGGUUUUAGACCGCCCAAGAAAGACGGAUGCAUAGUAGCACUGCUCACCCUAUCAGACCUAAGUAUGGUUAUCACUCUAUUCGCACUCAGUCGGCUGGGAUACACAGUGAUGAUCUUAUCGCCACGUCUAUCGGGUGACGCAUGUGUAUCGUUACUCAACACCGUCGGGUGUGAGAAUAUCAUAUAUGGUAAAACCGGCACCAUUCGCAGAACCAUGGGUGAAAUUUUGCAACGGAAACUUAUCACCUGUCGGCCAAUCCCAGCGCUUUCUGAUUCUAACACCGAAACCUCGUUAUUGGUUUUGCACAGAAAGCGGAAUUCCGAGGCCCAGAGGGACAAGGUUGCUUUGAUCCUUCACUCUUCUGGGUCCACCGGAGACCCGAAGCCCCUUUUUCUCACCCACCGCGCAUUAAUGACCCAUCCGUUGAAAGGGCCGGGGCUGACAUCUUUUAACUCGCUUCCUUGGUAUCAUCUGCAUGGAAUUUCGACCGCGUUGCAGGCGAUGUGGAUGAGGAAAACUGCUUUUAUGUGGAACGCAGCCUUGCCACUGACCGCAGACUCGGUUGUUUCUGCUCUCCAAGAAGCGAAACCUGAAUAUGUCGCUGCAGUCCCGUAUAUGCUGCAGAUAUUGAUUGAUAACCCCCUUGGUGUCGAGGCACUUCGGAACUGCAAACUCGUUGGUUAUGGUGGAGCGCCAUGUCCUGAUGAGCUUGGUGACCGUCUCGUGCGAGAGGGAGUCCCCUUUGGUGGGUCAUUUGGACUCACAGAAGCGGGUCUCGUCGCUGAGUCUUUCUCCCGACCGAAAGGCGAUCCUUACUGGAAUUAUUUGAAGUUUUUUGAAAGCAUUCUACCUUAUGUUUGGAUGAAGCCCUUGGGAGGCUCACUUUACGAAUGCGUCUAUUUGGCUGGGCAUCCCGCAUUGACAACAUCAAACUCCAAUGAGCCGCCCGGUUCAUAUCACUCCAAAGAUAUUUUCACCCCUCACCCCACUCUUCCCAACAGAUGGAAGUACGCUUCUCGACUAGAUGAUCGUCUGACUCUAAUCAAUGGUGAGAAGGUGCUACCACUGCCGAUUGAAGGAUGUAUCAAACAACAUCCUCUCAUCCAUGAAGCAGUCGUGUUCGGUGUGGGCAAGACAGCUCCGGGUCUUUUGAUCUUCCGCUCGCAGGAAGCGGAUGAAGCAUGUCUCUCGGAUGAAGAAUACUUUGAAGAUGUUUGGCCUAGUAUUGAAAUGGCCAAUUCUCGCGCUGAGCGGUUCUCUCACAUCGCUAAAGAUAUGGUCGCCGUAUUGCCGUUUGCCUCGACUUUCCCUCGGACAGAUAAAGGGUCUAUGAUCCGCGCACAGGUCUAUCUGCAUUACGCUGAGCUUAUAGAGAGUGUCUAUGCUGGAGCAGAGAGUCAAGAAGGAGGAAUUCGACUGGGCUUUGAUGACACCUUGUCGUUAUUGACAGAUUUGUGUCAGAAUGAGCUGGGUAUCAGUCUCUCUAGUGCAGAGGCCAACUUCUUCUCGGAAGGAGUUGACAGUCUCAAAGCAAUUCACCUGCGUCGCCUUAUCCUUCAGAACUUCGAUAUGCCCAAGGACAGUCUUCCUCAGAAUGUAGUGUACGAUACGGGGAGUAUUGCACUUCUGUCAGAGUAUAUCUGUGCGGUCCAGAGCGGAGAGGAUAUUUGCAUGGUGGACAAUGACACCGAGGUCAUGUCCAAGUUGAUUCAGAAAUACUCCUCAUUUCAAAGACACAUACCCAGUGACCUCCCCUUAACCACCAACAGUGUUAUCCUCACCGGAGCUACCGGGUCAAUCGGUGCCCACACACUGUACGAGCUUCUGAACGAUGACUCGGUCUCCAAUGUCUUCUGUCUGACAAGACGUAAAUCCCCAUUUCAGGCUGUACUCAACAGCCUCAUUGAGAAGGAACUACACAUCACGUCAGAGCAGGCAUCCAAAAUCAUCGCCCUGACCAGUGCACUCGAUCAGCCGGAUCUCGGCCUGGAUGAAGAAAUCAUGGCUCGCAUGCGCAGAUCCGUUACACAAAUUCUGCAUGUAGCCUGGCCCGUGAAUUUCAAUAUCCCUUUAGCUCAAUUUGAGCCCCACAUUCGCGGACUGCACAACCUCCUCCAAUUCUCACUCUCUGUUGAACAGCCACAGCCUGCAGUGGUUAUGUUUUGCUCCUCAGUCUCCACCGCACUCGGCUCAAAAUCUACUGAGAUUCCAGAAGCGCCAAUUGAUUUGGGCACGGCCUACAUGGGCUAUGGUCAAUCUAAGCUGACCGGAGAGCACAUCGUCAGCGCAGCACACAAAUCAGGAGCAAGAGCUUACUCACUCCGAAUCGGGCAGGUUUCAGGCCAUUCCAAGAAAGGUCUCUGGAAUGAUACCGAAGCGCUCCCGCUCAUGAUUCGGUCAGCCUUAAGCCUUAAAGCCUUACCCAAUCUGAAUGAAAGCUGUUCCUGGCUGCCGGUUGAUAACCUCGCAGCCACUAUUUUGGAGCUGGCUCGAUCGCGUUCAGCCUCGAGUACAGAGUUCAAGAAAUGCGUAUCUGUUGAGCAGACUGGUGAUAAUUCGAUCUACAAUGUGUGCAACUCUCGGGAGUUCUCCUGGGAUGCACUCCUGGGGUCUUUGGGACGUAGUUUCCAGUUCGAUGUCGUGCCAUUUGAGAGCUGGUUACAGUUGCUCAGGGAGAGUGAGGCGAGAGGUGAGGAGCAUAUCAAUCCGGCUGUAAAGCUUAUUGAUCAUUAUGAGGCUAUGCAUGGUGCGGACCCUUCAGGGAGCGCCCUUGGUCCGAAGACUUUCGUGACGGAUAAAGCAGAGCGGGACAGUGUUACUUUGCAGAAUGGUCGCUUGAGGAUUAUUGAGGACGGGAUAUUGGACUGUUAUAUUCGUGAUUGGAUUUCGCGAUGGAUGAUUUCGUGA